UUCGGGGAUCCAGCACUGGGAUGCGAGCCCUACUGGUACCAAGGCUAUGCGUCGGCCUACUACGGCCCUUCGCACGAGGUCUUUCGGCGGAAGUGUCGCGACUUCGUGGAAGGCCAAGUGAGACCUCACCUCGAGGAGUGGAUUGCCAAGAAGGCAUACCCCUUGGAACUGCAUCAGAAGGCCUUGGCUGCUGGCUUGCCCACGGCAGGGCUGCAGAAGGACGUGCAGGCGCGCUACCCGUCCGCCGUGGUGCCAGCCGAGGGCUUCGACGCCUUUCAUGAGUUGAUCUAUCUGGAUGAGCUGGCCGCAGUGGGACCUGGAGGUGCCCUGGGGCAAUGUGGCAUCAACUCCAUGGCGCUGCCGCCGGUGCUCUUCGCCGGGUCGCCUUUAGUGCAGAGUCAGGUGGUGGAGGAGGUGAUCCACGGGCGCAAGAACAUCAGUUUGGCCAUCAGCGAACCCAGUGCCGGCUCGGAUGUGGCCAACCUUCGCACCUCUGCGGUGCUGGAGAAAGACGUCUAUGUGGUGAAUGGACAGAAGAAAUGGAUCACGGGUGGCCACAUGGCUGACUUCUUCACCUUGGCAGUGCGCACGGGCAAAGCCGGGCCCGGUGGCAUCUCUUUGCUGCUGGUGGAUGCCAAAACGCCGGGUUUCAGGGUGAGGAAGAUGGACAUGCAGUUUGACAGCUGUCAUGGAACAACCUUUUUGGACUUCGAAGAUGUGAGAGUGCCCAAGUCUAACCUCAUUGGUCAGGAAGGUCAGGGCUUCAUGUAUCUUCUGCUGAAUUUUAACCACGAGCGUUUCGUGAUCUCCGCCAGCACCUGUCGCUUCGCGCGGCUCUGCUACGCUGAAGCCUUGAAGUACUCCUUGAGGAGGAAGACCUUCGGAAAGCCGCUCUAUGAGCAUCAGAUGAUCCGCUGGAAGCUGGCAGAGAUGCUGCGACAGGUGGAGGCCCUCCAUGACUACAACGAGAGGGUGGCCUUUCAGUACAAGUGCGGGGUGCCAGACGCCAAGCUUGGCGCACAGUGCGGGAUGCUGAAGGUGUUCGCCUCCAAGACCUUCGAAUAUUGUGCCCGCGAAGCUUCGCAGGUCUUCGGUGGUUCCUCCCUGGUGCGCGAUGGCCCUGGGAAGUUGGUGGAGCGCCUCUACCGCGAGGUGCGCGCCUCCGCUAUCCCUGGAGGUUCUGAAGAGGUGCUGCUGGAUUUGGCCGCCAGACAAGCCAUUGGCCAGUCACUGCGCCAGGAGAAGCAGUUGCACUCCAAACCAAAGCGCAGCCCUGAGGGCAAAGAUUCGCAGGAUGUGAUUCCACAGCCCACUCGCGCAAGCGAUGCAGAGGCACCGAAAAGUAAACUGUGA